AUGAAAAAAAGGGCUCAGGAGAUGCGCAAAACCAUUCCUCAUGAAUCAAAUCAUACAAAGGCGCAUUAUCUAUUGGCGGGAAGUGGACUUGGUAUUCACGAAAUUGAGAGCUCAUUGAACAAUUUAAAGGCCUCAGAACUCUUAAGCGAGCAGCGCGUUGCACAAGGAUAUAACGACGGAGAUUUGGAUACUUAUUUGAAUAUUAGAAAAGAUGAGAACAUUCUUUCAGCAAUUGAGCAAUCUCUUUCUCUUGCUGCAAAGGAUUUCGAUAACUUUGUUAACCAGAACUUCAACCUCGACUGGAAACAAAGAAAAGAUGAGGUCAGAGAGAGUUUUGGUAUAUUGAUAAAGAAACGCCAGGAUACUUCUAACUACGAUACUAAAAAUUUGGCCCCAUUGGAUCCCAACAGUGGUUCUUUCUGGGGUAAGCCAGGUCGUGGUCUUUUGGAUGGUGAUUCAAGAUUGAAUGUCAAUGAGAACUACAUUGUCAGAGAAAAGUUCGAAAAGUAUGCAAGAAUCAUUUACAGGCUCAACAACGCAAGGCAAUCGCAUAGUGGAGACUUUGAGUUGGCCAAAGAGUUCAUCUCUACUUUCCAAAAUACAACCGAUUCGAAAUAUCGACAACUUUUGGAAGGAUGGGAAAUUAUAGACAACGCCAAAGGUAAGUCUAGUGUAGUUGACUCUUCGAAAAAGUACUUGGAACGUCAAUUUUUGAACUACGUUGAUAACUUAUACUCGAAAAACCCAAGUGAAGGUUUGCCAACUAAUGUGAAUAAAAUCAGAGCAUUCAUUGAUAUGAAGUUGAAAACUGGAAAAAAUACCUGGAAGUUCAACAACCUAACAAUAGUCAACGGUAUUCCAGUAUGGGCAUUGAUAUUUUAUUUGCUUAGAGCCGGUUUGCCACAAGAUGCGCUUGAAGUGGUAGUUAACAAUAAACUGAGCUUCAAGAAAGUUGAGCAAUCAUUCCUCACAUAUUUCAAGGCAUAUGUUACUUCAUCUGAUAAUCGCCUCCCACAAGAAUUUGUUUCCAGAUUGCACACAGAAUAUAAUCAACACAUCAAAAAUGCUUUGGACAGUGAUCCUUUCCGCUUGGCUGUUUAUAAAAUUAUCGGUAGAUGUGACUUGACAAGGAAAAACAUAUCUGCUAUUACCCUUAGCGUGGAGGAUUGGCUAUGGGUUCAUUUGAUGUUGAUCAAAGACGACAUGGAUGUUGAUGAUCCGGUGUAUGAAAGAUACACUCUCAAUGAUUUCCAAAACACAAUGGUGUCUUACGGGGAGUCUCGAUUCAACAAUUACUAUUUGCAAGUGUUGUUGUUAAGUGGACAGUAUGAGUUGGCAGUACAGUAUGCCUACAAAAUUAGCGAAAUGGAUGCGGUACAUCUCUCCAUAGGCCUUGCUUACUAUAACAUGUUACAUGUAUCAACCUACAAAGAGGAUGAAUUGAUUUCCGUUACUGAUGGGCAAACACAGCUAAAUUUCGUGAAGGUAUUAGGCAACUACACAAAAUCAUUCAAAUACUCAGACCCUAGAAUAGCGGUGGAAUACUUAAUUCUCAUUGCCCUAAGUAACCAAAGUGAGCAAAUAGAGUUGGCUUACGAGGCUUUAAGAGAGCUUAUAUUGGAAACUAAGGAAUUCACCAUAUUAUUAGGUAAGGUUAAUGCUGAGGGGAUAAGGAUUCCUGGUAUAGUCGAGGAAAGACAGUCUUUAUUGCAACUUCAAGACCAAAAGGAUUUCCUAUAUAAGAUCACCGAACAGGCAGCUCGGAGAGCCGAUGAGGAAGGUAGAGUACAAGAUAGUUUACUGCUCUACCAGCUUUCAGAAGAAUAUGACAUCGUUAUGUCUAUUGUAAACAAACUUCUAGGAGAGCUCUUAAGUACAACGGAAAUAAACCAACCAUUAUUUGGAUUGGAUGAUAAUAACGAAACAAACCCUGUGUUGAUUGCCAAAAGACUAAUUGAGGUCUAUAUCAACAAUAUUGAAAUAUCAAAGAAGGUUCAACAGAAGAACAAGGAGACAUGCAUUACUUUGUUGAAGUUAGUCGAUAUCAGAUCAUCUUUCCUUGCUCGUCAAUGGCAAAGCACAUUACAGAAGAUAGAAGAAUUGGAUCUAAUUCCCUUUGCAGAUGAAAACUCCACAAGAAAAAGGGCUCAAGAGUUUGCACAUUUGGACGAGAAUAUUUUGAAGAAUAUUCCAAACUUGUUGAUAAUAACAAUGUUAUGCAUUUCAAACAUAGUAAAGCAACUAAAUGAAAGCGACUAUCAAUCCUUGACGAAGAAGCAACAAAUCGACUCCUUGAAACGUGUCGCCAAGAACUGUAUGAUAUAUGCCGGUAUGAUCCAAUACAAGAUGCCAAGGGAAACCUACAGCAUACUAAUCAAUAUUGAGGUAAGUUUGUGA